AUGAAUCGUCCGGCGGCGGGCACCAAGCUCCGCUUCUCCGUGGCUCACGCCACAGGCGAGACCCGAGGAUGGCAGUGCGCACGCUUCUCGAAGUUCCCGCAGGAGCUCAUCCUGCGCCUCGACCACCCCGCGCGCAUCCACCAGAUCCAGCUCCUGUCGCACGAGUACAAGAUCGCCACGAAGAUUGAGCUGUACACGGGCCUGCUCCCUCCGGGCGAGACGUCGAUGGACCGCGCCAUCAUGCGCCGCCUCGGGCACCUAAGCUUCGAUCCGAACACCGCGAGCGGGCACCAGGCCAGGGAGCUCAAGUCCGUGCACGUCAACGUCGACGCCGCCAUCCUCCGCGUCGUCGUCCACAAGUGUCACGUCAACAAGCUCAACAUCUACAACCAGGUGGGCAUCGUCGCCAUCAACGUCAUCGGCGAGGCCAUCUCCCCGACGGACCCCGGGUGGGGCGGCGCCGGCGGGAACCUCGCGCCGGGGCCCAGGCCCGCCAGGGGCGCGGGCAUGGCCGACAUGGCCAUCGACCUCGACGUCGAUCCCGUCACCGCGGUUAAGAUUCGAGAGAUUCACGCGCUCAAAGAUGAAGCCGUCGCGAGGGAGGACUACGACGAGGCCAAGCGCCUCCGCGACGGCAUCAACCGCCUCAAGGCUGUCGGCGCCAAGAUUGGCCAGCUCGAGGCUCGCAAGCGCGCGGCGGUGGAGGCUGAGGAUUACGAAGCCGCCAAGCUCAUCAAGCUCGAGAUUGACAAGCUCCGCGACGCGGGGGGGGUCACCGCGCUGGGCGAGUCCGUCGGCGCGGGGUCCGGCCGCGCGCGACGCGGCGAGGACGACGAGGCCAUAUUCGCGCACGUCCUCCAGGCCAACAGGGAAAUCAUAGACCGCCCCCCCGUGGACCUCAUCCAGCCCGGCGGCAGGGCGCCCGCGCCCGACUUGGGAGAUUUGGAAUCGCCUGCGCCGGAGUACGGCGGCGGCGGCGCCGUGCGCGAGGAGUACGAGCAUCCACCCGCGCCGCCGUCCCCGCCCCCCCCGCCCCCGCCGCCGCGCGAGUCGGACACGACGUACGGCGCGCAAACACAGCCGGAGGCGUACGAGCCCCGCCGGGAGUACGAAGCUCCGACUCGGGAGAUGGCGCGGAUGAGCCACGACGAGCGCGUCGUCGGCGGCCUCUCCCCCGCGCAGCUCGCGGCGAUCAAGGCCAACGCCGGCCCCGACGACAUCCCCCCGCCCGUCAGCCAGGGGUACAGCGCCAUGGGUAACUACGACGAGAGGCCCGCGGUGUCCCGCACGGCGAUGGAGAUGGCCAAGCAGGAGGGGUCCACGCCCCAACGCUUCCGCGACGGCCCCGACGCCAGCGCGAAGGGUUUCAACAACGACGAGGUUCCCGCGGGGGCGACGGGCCGAAGCCGCAUGCCCGCGGGUCUAGAGGACGAGGAGUUCGUUCCCCCCGUCGGCUCGGUUCGAUCCCCGGGUAACGCGAAGCCACCCGAGGGGUACGACCCGGACCUGCCCCCGCCCGAUCCGAUUCCCUCCGCGUUUACCACCGAGGCUGGACCGGUGGUUGACGCGUUUGGCGAAUACGCCGCCAUGUGCCUGUACUCCAAGAACUGGAUGCACCGCGAGGCUGCGCUGGCGAGGAUGGAGGAACAGGUUCGCCAAGGCGCGGUGAACGCGGACACCAGGGAGGUGUUCCGCACGAUGUGCAACAUGAUGACGCGCCUGUUCAAAGAUAAGGUUGCCAACGUCUUUGCCAACGCGUGCAAGCUGUUGACGAGCGCCGUGAAGGUCAUGGGUAAGGAGCUCGGCGGUCGCGAGGUGCACAGCAGCGUCGCUCAGCUGGUGCCGCAGCUGAUCGAGAAGCUCGGCGACGCGCACGCCAAGGUUCGGGACGCGUCCAGGGAGGCCAUCCUGGAGCUGGCGAGCUCCGACCUCACGCUGGUGUCGGGCCCGCUGGUGAAGCCCGUGCGAUCGCAGAGCGUCUGGCGCAUCGUCCUCGGCCGGCUCUCCAUCAUGAACGAGCUCAUCCCCAAGCACGGCCUCGCCAAGGCUGGCCACGACGGUCUCACCCUCGAGGCGGUCAUGGAGUUCACCUCCAAAACCUUCGAGUCACCCAACGGAGACGUGCGGUCCGCCGCCGUGAAGGUUACGCUGGAGUGCUGCAACAUCGCCGGCCGCGCCGUGGAGAAGUUCCUCCCGAAGAACCUCAAGCCCGCCAUCCGCGACAUCAUCGAUGAGGGCUUGGGCGUCAAGACCGGGGCGGGCGGCGGCGGCGGGGGCGGCGCGCGCAAGAGCGCGGCGACGCCGGGGAAGGGGAAGGCUCCUCCUCCCAAUGCGGGUCAAAGAGCCCCGGCGCCGGUUGGCGGGGGUAACCCCACGGCGAGGGAGCUCAAGGCUGAGAUCGCGGCGAGGGAGAAGGAGCUGGGUAAGCAGCACCCCGACGUCGCGGUGGCGCUCACCGACCUCGCCGCGCUUCACUCGGAGGAGGAGCAGUUCGCAGCGGCGCAGCCCUUGUACGAGCGAGCGCUGAGGAUCCAGGAGAAGACGCUCGGCUCGGAGCAUCAGGACACGGUGCAGACGCUGACGGAUCUGGCGAUCUGCCACCUGGACCAGGGGCACAACGAGGUGGGCAGACCGCUGCUGGAGAGGGCGCUGGUGCUGCAGGAGCAGGCGCUCGGCCCGGACCACGCCGACGUGGUGGCCAUCAGGGACGUUCUCCAGAGCCUGGACGCCGACGACGGGAUGUGAGCGACGUUGGCGCGGGGAGAAGGAUGGAGGGAAGGCCGAAAGUACAUAAAGCCGCGAGCCGAUGGAGCCGCGGUUCGAGCAGCGCGGCUCGCUCGUAACCGAUAAAGUAUAUAACGAAUUCUCG